CGGGAUGGGGACAACACGGCGAGGUGGCUGCCAGCCACCUGCCUCCCCUCGGGGCCGGCAGCGCUCCGGAGCUCUCUGUGCUUCAUUAGCCCUCGUUAGGGCGGCGUGUUCCUGGCUGGGGGGGCUGAGACAGGAAAGGAGGCCCCUCGGGAAGCGGCUUGUUGCUUCCUCAUGCUGGGUCGCGGCAGGAUCUGGGCCAGCGUUCCCAGCUCCCGGCGUCACACCCUCUCCCAGCUGUUGCUGGCGGAGCAUCGUGCUGCCAAGAAAGCCCUGGUGAUGGAUGUGGCCGCUGCUCCUUCCCCCUCCCCUCGCCCUUAAAUCCGGCGGGGAGCGGCUCUGUGCCUGCGCCUGGCCCCGCCGCACCGGGAUCAGCUCAGGGAUGCGAUCCCGCUUCUUCCUGGGGAGCCUUCGGCGUCGGGGCUGGGCUGAGCCACUCCUCAUCCCCGCCGGGCACGGGCAGCCCUGGCACCUUGGCCUCGCUGGCACGGAGAGCGUGGCACUGCACCAGCAAGAGGUGUGUGCCCUUCCCAGGAUGAAUUUAACCCCAGGGUCGGUGUUGUGCAAGCCCAGGGACAUUUAAUCCAGCCUCUGUGCACUCAGAAGCCUCGGGGGAUUUAUCAAGCUCAGUUCUCUCCAUUUCCUGUUGCCUUCCCAAGAACAACAUCCCUGACCUCAUCCUCCCCCGGUGCACACCAGGAUGCUGGUGCAUGAGCCGCCCGGCGGGAAACCCAGCCCAGAUCCCACGGGCCAGACUCAGCCUUCCCAGCUUCAUCCCUAGACCACUGUAGAGGGACCUGUCACCCUGCUGUGGGACACUGACCCAUCUCACCUCUCCUGCAUCCCACCGGGCAUCCAGCUGUGGAGCCAAGCGAGAUCAUGGCGCUUUCCAAUUUGUCCAGUUACUUGGACGAUGUCGAUAACUACAGUGACUAUGCAGAUUACACCUACGAGGACACCAGCAGUGUGUGGACAGACCCAUCCCAUGACCCAAAGGACAUUGCAAGGAUCCUCUCUGUUGUCAUCUAUAGCGUGUCUUGCGUGUUGGGCAUCCUGGGGAAUGGCCUCGUCAUCGCCAUCAUCACUCUGAAGAUGAAGAAGUCCGUCAAUGCCAUCUGGUUCCUCAACCUGGCUGUCGCUGACUUCCUCUUCAACAUCUUCCUGCCCAUCAACAUUACUUACACGGCUAUGAGGUACAACUGGAUCUUUGGUACAGUCAUGUGCAAGCUGAACUCCUUCCUCCUCAUCCUCAACAUGUACACCAGUGUCCUGCUGCUCACCACCAUCAGCUUUGAUCGCUACGUGUCUGUGGUUUUUCCUGUCUGGUCUCAAAACCAUCGUUCCACCAACCUCGCCUACCUGGUUUGCUCCAUUAUCUGGACAAUUGGCAUCAUCAUGAGCUGCCCUUCUCUUGUCUUCCGAGACACCGCACAAACCCGCGACUCCGUCAUCUGUUUUAGCAACUUCUCCCUCUCCAGGAAUAAAUCUUACCAAGCCCUGGCACUAAUGAGGCACCAAACGGUGAACAUCACCAGGUUCCUCGCCGGGUACAUCCUUCCCAUAACCAUCAUCACGUUCUGCUACAUUGCCAUCGUCUUCAACUUGCGCCGGAACCGCCUUGCCAAGUCCAAAAAGCCCUUCAAGAUCAUCGUCAGCAUUAUAGUCACUUUCUUCCUUUGCUGGAGUCCCUACCACCUGCUGAACCUCCUGGAAACAAAGCCUGAUGUGAUCCCACACUCUGUGUUUGAGAUCAGCAUCCCCAUAACCACGGCGCUCGCUGCCUCCAACAGCUGCAUGAACCCUGUCCUCUACGUCUUCAUGGGCCAGGACUUCAAGAAGUUUAAGGUCACCAUCCUUUCCAGAUUGGUGAAUGCCCUCAGCGAGGAGACAGGCCACUCCAGCAUCGUUCACAGGAGCUUCUCCAAGAUGUCUUCAAUGACUGAGAAGGAGAUGACAGUCCUCUAAACUCUGGAUGCCUUGAGGAGGGACAUAGUCCUCUGCUAUUGCCCACACCUGCCACCAUGAUGGUGGCCACCAACGAUACCUGCUGCAGCAAAACGGGUGAUGCUCUUUCCAUGUCCUCUAUGUAGCUACUCACGGUAAUGUCCUCAAGUAUAUUGGUACUGGUGCAAUGUGGUUUUAACUGUGUUUUGGGCACUUUGCACCCAGAGCAGGCCAGAGAAGUGCCUUCAUAAGAGGGGUUGGAAUAUCCCAACCGUGAUGAACCAGGACAUCUUCAUGUCUUUUAAGUGAUCCAGACCUGCCAGGAUAGGGACUAGGUCUGGGCACAGGGUCUCUGAUGUUGAAAACUUGGAGAAAAAAAGAAAGAGGUUCAUUUAAAGUGUCUUUUGAGCAAA